AGAGCGGAGCGAGGACGCGGAGAGGAGCUGACGGAGCAUUAAUGAGAUACUGGCCGGUUAGAGUUACAGGGAUGCACUCUUAGCCGUGUCCCAGCACUGUUUUCAGGCUUGAUCUGCGGGCUGAAAAGCGCCAAAAACUGGGACACUUUCGCCAUUUAAAGCAAACUUUAGUGGAUUAAUUUAUUCUCCCCCAAAAAAUGGGCUUGGAACGAUUUCGCGUAAAGACGCCGGGGACAGUAAGGCUAGCCCUUCUCGUCCGCUCUCUCCUUUGUGUCAUCGGGCUAUUACUCACUUUUUCUCAGCCUGUCUGCGAGGCGUUCAACUUGGACGUGGAGAACCCAGCUGUUUACAGCGGACCUAAAGGGAGCUACUUCGGAUACGCUGUUGACUUUUAUUUGGCAGAUUCUUCCAGUGCGAGUGUGGUGAUAGGAGCUCCCAAGGCCAACACAAGGCAGGUUAACGUGACAGAGGGAGGAUCCGUCUUCUACUGUCCAUGGAGCCUCAGCCAAUCAGAUUGUCACACCAUUGAGUUUGAUACUGAAGGUGACCGCACUGUCUUGCUGAACAACACAGAACAUCAGGUCGAUUCCAAGUCCCACCAGUGGUUCGGCGCCACUGUGCGCUCUCACGGUGACACAAUUCUGGCCUGCGCCCCUCUCUACUCCUGGCGGACUGAAAAGGAUGUCCCCCGUUCUGACGCGACAGGAACCUGCUACCUCUCGGCCCAUAACUUCACCAAAUUUGUGGAGUACGCUCCCUGUCGCACAGAGCUCAGUGAUGCAGAGGGACAAGGUUACUGUCAGGGAGGAUUCAGCGCUGACUUCACAAUGGAUGGCAAAGUUGUAUUGGGAGGGCCGGGCAGCUUCUUCUGGCAAGGUCAGGUGAUCUCUGCCGCUAAGGAGGACAUUAUCAAAGCUUACUACCCAGGCUAUUUCAUGCAGUCUGUGGAGAGCCAGAUCCAGACCAAACAGGUCCAGGCCAAACAUGAUGACAGCUACCAAGGCUACUCUGUUGCUGUCGGUGAAUUCAGCGGUGAUCAGGUAGAAGAUUUUGUGGCUGGUGUUCCAAAAGGACUCAUGCUUUAUGGUUCGGUGUCCAUUCUGAAUGGUACAGAUCUGAAGACCGUGAUUAACUACACUGGCGAGCAGAUGGGAUCAUAUUUUGGCUACGCAGUGGCAACCACUGACAUCAACAGUGAUGGGAUGACGGAUCUGCUGGUGGGAGCUCCCAUGUUCAUGGUCCGAGGCUCCGACGGCCGUCUGGAAGAGAUGGGCCGGGUCUAUGUUUACCUCCAGCGCGGCCCCCUGAACCUGGAGCUCCGCGUGCCUCACCUGACAGGCACACAGGUGUUUGGGAGAUUUGGCAGCACAAUUGCGUCAUUGGGAGAUCUGAACCAGGAUGGUUUCAAUGAUGUGGCUAUCAGCGCUCCUUUUGGAGGGGAGGAUCAGCAGGGACUGGUCUACAUCUAUAAUGGAUACUCAGAAGGACUCAGGGAAAAGCCAUCUCAGGUUAUUGCUGGCCAGUGGGCCGCCGGGACCAUUCCCGCCAGCUUUGGGUUUGCCCUCAGAGGUGCUAAGGACCUGGACAUGAAUGGAUACCCAGAUCUCAUUGUUGGCGCCUUUGGAGUUAAUAAGGCGGUUCUCUACAGAUCGCGCCCGAUAGUUAACACCAGUGCCUCUCUGACCGUUUACCCCACCAUGAUCAACCCCGAAGAGAAGAACUGCAUAGUCACUAAUGGAAACACCAGCGUUCCUGUUUCCUGUGUCAACCUGAGUUUCUGCAUAUCUGCUGAUGGGAAGCACCUCCCAGGCAUCCUAGAUUUCCAGGUGGAGGUGCAGCUCGACAGUCACAAGCACAAGCAGAAAGGUGCAGUGAAGAGGGCUUUGUUCUUGGAUUCCCAGCAGCCCUUGCUCCAGAGGAGUGUGACUGUGCGCCAUGGCGAGCGUGUAUGCAACCACACCAAGAUCUACCUGAGAGAUGAGAAAGACUUCAGGGAUAAACUCUCCUCAAUUUAUGUGGCCUUGAACUUCAGCUUGGAUCCAAACGCUGCAGCUGACUCCCACGGCUUGCGGCCCAUCCUCAACUACCAGACCACCAACGUAAUCGAGCAGAAGGCUCAGAUUCUGCUGGACUGUGGUGAGGACAACAUCUGUGUUCCUGACUUGAAGCUGGCAGUCCAAGGGAACAGGAAGGAAGUCUACCUGGGUGAUGAAAACUCGCUUACCUUGACUUUCAACGCCAGGAAUGAGGGUGAGGGAGGGGCGUACGAGGCAGAGCUGUAUGUGGUGCUGCCCCCUGAAGCUGACUACAGUGGUAUUGCCCGCAAUAAUGAGAGCCUGACCCAGCUGACCUGCAGCUACGCGACCGACAAUCAGACCCGAUACCUCAGCUGUGAUUUGGGAAACCCGAUGAAGUCUGGUACCAGUCUGUGGGCAGGUCUGCGCUUCACAGUGCCACGACUGAAGGACACGUACAAAACCGUCCCGUUUGAGCUGCAGAUUCGCAGUAAAAAUGAGAAUAAUUCCCACAGUGAGGUUGUACCGUACAAGCUGGAGGUGGUUGUUCAGGCUGAUGUCAUUCUGCAGGGUGUGUCUCGACCAGAUAAGGUCUUCUUCCCGCCGGCCAACUGGAAGGUGACCAAAAGCUAUGGGGUGGAGCGGGACGUCGGGCCUGCGGUGGAGCACAUCUAUGAGCUGGUGAACAACGGGCCCAGUCGGAUCAGCCACACCCUGCUCGAGCUGCGCUGCCCCCUCAGAGUCCAGGGCCAGAAUCUCCUUUACCCCCUGGAGUUCUCCACAGAAGGCCCAAUCAACUGCACCUCAGACAAACACAUGAACCACCUACACCUCAAACUCCAGCACACGUCCACAGAACCGCCUAUCCUGGCACUGAAGGCAAACGAGCACCAUGUCGAGAAGAGGGACGUCCACAAGAACCAGCUCGCUCAUUUGACUAACCUGUCCUGUUCUAACGCCGAGUGCUGGACGCUCCAGUGCAACGUGGGUCUGCUGGAGAAGGGGACCACUGCCAUCCUCAAAGUGCGCUCCCGAGUCUGGGCCGAGACCUUCAUUGAGAGAGCGUACAAGCAGUACGUGCUGGAGUGCCUGGCCCGAUACAGCGUGAAGAGGAUGCCGUAUGCCAUCCUACCCAAACACUCUCCCAGUGGACACAAAAAGGUGGUGACACCAGUGGUGUGGAACAAGCCAGAUAUCGAAAACUCAGUUCCUCUGUGGAUCAUCAUCUUGGCCAUUUUGGCUGGUUUACUGCUUCUGGCUCUACUCAUCUACGUCCUAUACAAGUUCGGCUUCUUCAAGCGAUCGCUACCUUACGGCACCGCCAUGGAGAAAGCACAGCUCAAACCGCAGGCUGCCUCUGAGGCCUAGAUGACAACCAGAGCCACCAGAACCACAGUACCUGGCCAUAUGAUUGCAACGGAGAAACACGACGGAACAUGUAGAGCGGAUCAGACAGCAGUCGAAGAGUUAAGCGAAAGAGAGACCACUGGAGCUCCACUGUGCUGCACUAGAUGAAGACAAAAAGUCCAAAGAUCUCCAAGCCAAAUGAAUGUUUUUUUUUUCUUUCUUUUUUUAAUUUAUGUCUUGUUUGUUGGCAGGUUGGGAUUAAUACCAAACAGAACUUUUUUUUUUUCUCUAAGAUGAGACUGAAAGUGACUGCAAAAGAAGUGCAGGCUACCGUCAGCUGCAGACGCAGUGAGAUGCCUGUUGGGUUUCCCUUUGUGGAUUCUUGUGAUGGAGAGUUCUGCUUUUCCCUUUUAACUGCCUUAUUUUGGUGCUAAUGAUUUCUGAUGUGUUCAUUGCCUCAGACAGCGUAUGGCCACGUGUAGCGUGUGGCAGGCAGGGGCUGUGAAUCUCGCCGCCUGCUGUGGGCUGAAGCUAUUCUUCUGGUAUCUCCUGAACACAUGGUUUUGCUUUCAGAAGAACGCAAACAGGUUUCAGGUGAAAACAUUAACCUGGCUAGAGCAGAGGCAACGCUACCUGCCUCGAUGUCGAAACCCAAUCUAUUUAAAAGACUCGGCUUUUGUCACGAAAUUUGAAGUUUGAAGCAAUUUAAGCCCUGCCCUGUCUGAGGUGUUCCCCCUGAUUCUUGCCUAACGCCUGCUGGGAUAGGCUAACCCAGCCCCCUGCAGCCCUGAACAGGUUAAGCGGGUGUAGAAAACGCGUGGAUGGAUGUUUCUCGACCAUUCAUGUAAAUGCUCUCUCUCUGCCUCAGGUUGGUGGACGACGCUGGGUUGAGUUGUUGUUGCACUCAAAGGAAAAUCUACUGAUAUAACUCCAAAGACACCUAAGACUGACUGACUGACCUUCCUUUGAGUUCUGAUUUUGACUCCUACUGAUCACUUUGCUGAAAUCCUGUUUGCUCAGCGUUUCCAACGCUGGCAUCGUCAUUGUCGCGUAGUCGACUGGGACGGGACUGGAACCACCGCAGACCUGUGAGACCUCAUGUUAGGCUUGAAGCAGCGUGGUGCUCGGUUUGGGUCGGGCUCCUGCAGCAAGCAGACCGGGCACAUGAUGCUUAGGGGAAACCACAGAGUUAACGGCGUAGCGAUGUCUUGAACCAAAGACGGGGACAAUCAGCAAUGUUGUAGCCUCGACAGCGAGUUUUAGCGUGAGAGCAGGCAGGAUCAUCGCUCGUUUUCAGCUUGCAGUGCGUGUUACUGUGAGAUACUGUAUUUUUGAUUGUCUUUUGAGUGAAAGCUGCCCACGUUUGGAAGGAGAAGUGGCUGAAGUCAUCCCACUACCAAAAGGCUACAGGGACUGAACAUUAAAAUGCCUUGUGUUGGUUUCUUUUAUUCGUAAUGUACAUAGAUUUUAUGUGCCUUUAAUGUAAAUACUUAAUGUGCGUGGGUUAGCGUUAGGGCUGUGUGUGCUUGCGUGUAUAUAUGUGUGACCUCAUGCAUGCACGCAUUUGUGCGAAUGGUAUAUUUAUGAAUGUUUGUUUUGUGUAUGAAUUGGUUAUUACCUUUCCCACUGCUUAGUCCUGUUCCUCCCGUUCACCUCCGUAGCUUGAGAUCAUCGAGGUCAAGCCAUCGUGCGUUGCUGUUAGUCAUGAUCUCAUGAGUACAGUGAGCGUUCAGGGUGACUUGUUCAACUGCACAGCAGCAAUUAAAAUACUUAAAACCUCAGUGGAUAGAAAAAACAUGACUAAAGCUGCCGUCCAGAUGUUGGCGUCCAGCAGGAUGUCUUGUACCUCUAACAAAGGGAUAACAACUAGGCACUGGGAACUAAAUGUUGUUUGGAAGUGCAAUAUUUAUAUUCACUCUUUUUAAUAUUACAGUGCUUUCUUUUAUGUUUUAUUUGUGACUGAGUUGUGAUGAAGCAGAACUUUGUGCGGUUCUGUAUUCACCACUUCAUUUGCUGGACCACUUUUCUGAUCUUCCGCAGUUUUAUGCCACAGACUGACGGCGACACACGGACACUAGAGCAUAUCUGAGUUGAACUUGGCUGUGCUGACGGGGUUUGAUAAUUUACGCGCUCACCUGUCCAAACACCAACAUGCUGACCACAUGUUUUACGUUCGUUUGCCUCAUCACGCUCGUUUCACACGCGCCCUCUUAUUGGAUUGUGAUUUACUAUUUGUCAUAUGGUCCACAAAAUCCCCAGCUGGUCAUUGACUUAAAACUUUUAGCAUUGAAUGAAAAUUCUUUACUGAACAUGUCGGCUCAUUAUUUAUGAUGACGGGAUCAUUUCACUACUUCUUCCACGGUUACAACAGGAGAAGGCACUGGGUUUUUCCUCUUUUUCUUUCCAUUUUCACUCUCCAGGACUUCCACAAAGAAGUUGUACAUAUUUAUGACAAGGAGAGUAUUUUUGAAUUCAAAGGAUAAUUGAUUUGUUGUGAAUUUUUCUCACCCCAUAUUGGGGAGAACUUUUUGUCAGGGGGAAGGACGGGGCGAGGGGGGAAUCUUUGAAGGUCAAUUUUUACCUGU